CGCUGACAGAGGACCUGGCUUUUGUCUUUCUCACUCUGAGCUGGUCCCACAUUUACCCCCAACCCCUGGACCGGCCUGCCACACCUGAAGAUGCUGAAGCCAGAGCUAGAGCCCAGAGGGGGCUUCUCUUUCGAGAACUGCCAGAGAAACAUAUCCUUAGACCGCGUCCUCCCGGGGUUCCGGAGCCCUCAAGCACACAAGACUGGGACCACCAUCGCGGGCCUUGUGUUCCGAGACGGAGUCAUCCUGGGCGCGGAUACGCGGGCCACUAACGAUUCCGUAGUGAUGGGCAAAAGCUGCGAGAAGAUCCACUUCAUCGCCCCCAAAAUCUACUGCUGUGGGGCUGGAGUAGCCGCAGACGCCGAGAUGACCACGCGAAUGGCGGCGUCCAACAUGGAGCUACACGCCCUGUCCACGGGCCGAGAGCCUCGCGUGGCCACGGUCACGCGCGUUCUGCGCCAAACGCUCUUCCGGUACCAGGGCCACGUGGGGGCGUCGCUGAUAGUGGGCGGAGUAGACGUGACCGGACAGCAACUCUACAGCGUGCAUCCCCACGGCUCCUAUAGCCGGCUGCCCUUCACAGCCCUGGGUUCGGGCCAGGACGCAGCCCUGGCGGUACUGGAGGAUCGGUUCCAGCCCAACAUGGGGCUGGAGGCCGCGCAGGAGCUGCUAGUGGAAGCCAUCACUGCAGGGAUCCUAGGUGACCUGGGCUCUGGGGGCAGUGUGGAUGCAUGUGUGAUAACGAGGACUGGCACCAAGCUUCUGCGAACAUUGAGCUCACCCACAAUGCCCAUAGAAAGGCCCAGGCAAUACCGCUUUGCCCCUGGGACCACAGCUGUCCUGACCCAGACAGUGAAGCCACUGACCCUGGAGCUGCUGGAGGAAACCGUACAGGCCAUGGAAGUGGAGUAAAGUAGGAUGGUACUUAGAGCUUGGAACAAGGGGGAAUAAACCUGGGAAAUAAAAAAAACAAAAACCACCUAAA